UGCUCUUUAGAGGAGGCUUUUCGGCCUGCGAGAGGGCCAAAGGGGUUGGCGACUGUGUCGCCGGCGUUUUUUUUGGCGGGUGCCAGGGCAGGUGGGAGCAGCCGCCCGAGAAAAGCACCAUGAUUUCGGCCGCGCAAUUGUUGGAUGAGUUAAUGGGCCGGGACCGAAACCUCGCCCCGGACGAGAAGCGCAGCAACGUGCGGUGGGACCACGAGAGCGUUUGUAAAUAUUAUCUCUGUGGUUUUUGUCCUGCGGAAUUGUUCACAAACACUCGUUCUGAUCUAGGUCCUUGUGAAAAAAUUCAUGAUGAAAACCUUCGAAAACAGUAUGAGAAGAGUUCUCGUUUUAUGAAGGUUGGCUAUGAGAGAGAUUUUCUGCGAUACUUACAGAGCUUACUUGCGGAAGUAGAACGUAGAAUUAGACGAGGCCAUGCUCGUUUGGCAUUAUCUCAAAACCAGCAGUCCUCUGGGGCGGCUGGCCCAACAGGCAAAAAUGAAGAAAAAAUUCAGGUUCUGACAGAUAAAAUUGAUGUACUCCUACAGCAGAUUGAAGAAUUAGGAUCUGAAGGAAAAGUAGAAGAAGCCCAGGGGAUGAUGAAAUUAGUUGAACAGCUAAAAGAAGAGAGGGAAUUGCUUAGGUCCACAACCUCGACAAUUGAAAGUUUUGCUGCCCAAGAAAAACAAAUGGAAGUUUGUGAAGUGUGUGGAGCCUUUUUGAUAGUAGGAGAUGCCCAGUCCCGAGUAGAUGACCAUUUGAUGGGAAAGCAGCACAUGGGCUAUGCCAAAAUUAAAGCUACUGUAGAAGAAUUAAAAGAAAAGUUAAGAAAAAGAACUGAAGAACCUGAUCGUGAUGAGCGUUUAAAAAAGGAGAAGCAAGAACGGGAAGAAAGAGAAAAGGAACGGGAGAGAGAAAGAGAAGAAAGAGAAAGGAAAAGACGGAGAGAAGAGGAAGAAAGAGAGAAAGAAAGGGCUAGAGACAGAGAAAGAAGAAAGAGAAGUCGUUCACGAAGUCGGCAUUCAAGCCGAACCUCAGACCGAAGAUGCAGCAGGUCUCGGGACCACAAAAGAUCACGAAGUAGAGAAAGAAGGCGAAGCAGAAGUAGAGAUCGACGAAGAAGCAGAAGCCAUGAUAGAUCCGAAAGAAAGCAUCGAUCUCGUAGUCGGGAUCGAAGAAGAUCAAAAAGCCGGGAUCGAAAGUCCUAUAAGCACAGGAGCAAAAGUCGGGACAGAGAACAAGAUAGAAAAUCCAAGGAGAAAGAAAAGAGGGGAUCUGAUGAUAAAAAAAGUAGUGUGAAGUCCAGUAGUCGAGAAAAACAGAGUGAAGACACAAACACUGAAUCAAAGGAAAGUGAUACUAAGAAUGAGGUCAAUGGGACCAGUGAAGACAUUAAAUCUGAAGUGCAGCGUAAGUAUGCACAGAUGAAGAUGGAGCUAAGCCGAGUAAGAAGACAUACAAAAGCAUCUUCUGAAGGAAAAGACAGUGUAGUCCUGCAAAACAUUUUGAGGUACAUUGUUUUGUCUCAGCUAUUUUGUAGCAGACUCGUGCCCCCAUUAGUGUGCCUCUUUGGAAAUUAUUGCCCACGUUUGUAAUAUAGUCGCCAUUGAAAAGUUAAUUAUCCUUUUUUUAGGGAUUUUGCUGUCAUUUCUUUUUUUUUUUUCUUUUUUUUAAUAAAAAGGUUGAACUGUUUUUUUUUUUUUUUUCUUUUUGGUAUUAAGUCCAUCUUGUGUUGAUACAUUGGCAGAGACAUAUGCUUUAAAAACUUAAAUAUUUCGGAGGCACAUGUUGGACGACUUUGUUUUAAUUAAACUGCUAGUAUUUCUUUGUCAAGGAUGUUUCUAGUUUUUUGCUUUAUUGCCUUGCAUUCUAAUGCAGUUUGUUCUGUAACUCGAGAGCCAGUAGCAUUGGAUUGAUGGAAGUGUAGGGUUUAUGAAUUAUUGCAGCUGACUACCAUACCUCACACAGCGUUGGUGUUGUGAGCGGCCCAUGAAAAGCCAAAUUAAAAAUCAAGGAUUCAGUCAAACUAAGCAGGUACUCAUGCCAGGUACUCCUUUCUCUACCCACAUCCAUGUUUGAAUGCUAUUGCCUGUGAUCUUUACGCUUAACUGUUGUGUAUCUUUUUUGUUCUUUACAAGAAGCACAGAGGGGUUUUUUGUGUAUUGCGUGAAAACUUAUAAAUCAAAUGUUAACAGAAUGGAAUUUUUUUUCAACUGUAUGUAGGGAUGCAGUGGUGCCCAGAAUUAGAUAUCUUUAAAGAAUUUUAAAUACAAUAAACACUUCAUAUUAUUCGCCUUGUUACAUUCAAUGCAAUUCUCAAGUCUUUAAGAGGUAUGUGUUUAAUAUUUCCUACGGUGUAGGAGCAUUUGCAGUCAGCCAUAGGUACGUAGGCGUAGUCACUGGCUGAUAACAUAUAAAGCAGCAGUGAGUAGCAAGGACAGACACCUUCAAUCUCUGAAACACAAAGAACUGAUGAAUCGUAUAGAGUGAAUUUGGGUUUUUAAAGAACGAUUAAAAGUUAGGUUUUAUGAGAGUUCUUAAAACCUAUAACCUAUUCAUUCUUUGGGCUAGUCUAGUGGCUUGGGAUAAAAUCAG